GUGACACAUUUUGUACACUACAUUGAAAGUUCUCAAACGUAUGGACUAACUGCUGUUUGCAAAUCAGCUGCGAUAGUUUCAUAAAUAAUACAGCACGUAUGGAAUCAGCACAGGAACUGCAAGUUCAAUUCCAAAUAUAUGGUCCAAAGAUAAAGUGGUUAUCAGAUGCAGUAUUAAGUAAUAUGAGUUAAAAGACAUUUAUACGGUGAUCAAUGACGUUCAGAGAUUUUAGCGCAUCAAUUAAUGAAACUGAAAAAAUAUAGAAUUUACAGCGAACGAUGAGCGAGCCCACUUGUUUCCUAAGAAUGGUGCAAGAACAGAUGCGAUGAUUAAGUUGACAAAAGAAACAGAAUUAAGUGGCAGCAUCAACACCAUGAACAAAUCAUCAGGAGACGGGCUUAAGAGAUCGGAGAAACGUGACUUGGAGAUCUUUGCUGGGCCUUACACCUCUGGUGCACAUGAGCUUAAUGGUUCCCAAUCUGCUGGCCAGCCAAUUGAUGCCCCAACCUCCCCUGUUGUUCAGUCCCUUGGGGUUCAGGCCCAUUCACCGCAAACUGGGUUGGAGGAUAAGCCGGUUUCCCGUCAUCAUGAGCAACUUGACAAGUUACAGAAAGACUUUAUGCAAUUACUCCGCGACAACAAAUGGUUCAACAUCAAGUUGUCGUGGACAGUCACACAGGACGCUCUCAAGUGGGACCAACGAUACAUGGACGUGGGGGACGACGCACUUUCAGAAAAGUGGUUUAACGAGUUCAGACAGAAUCUUAUCCGUCAGGACUUUUUUGAAUUACUCCGCGACACUCCAUGGGUUCACAGCCGGUCAUCGUGGCAAGUUACUAAGGAAGCCAUCAAGGGAGAAGAACGAUACAUGGCCGUGGGAGACGACAAGCUUUCGGUGGAAUGGUUUAACCAGUUCACACAAGACCGUAAACGUCAAGACUUUAUGGAAUUACUCAGCGAAAUCCCAGAUAUUCAUUGCGGGACAACGUGGCGAUUCACACAGGACUAUUUAACGGGGGACCCUCGAUUCUUGGCCGUUGGAGACGAUGCGCUUUCUAAGAAGUGGUUCGAGGAGUUCAUGAAGAAACGUCAAGACUUCAUGCAAUUACUACGCGACAAACCAGGUAUUCGUAGCAGGUCAAGGUGGCAAGUCACAAAGGACUGUUUAAAGGGGGACCCUCGAUUCUUGGCCGUUGGAAACGAUGCACUUUUGAAGAAGUGGUUUAACGAGUACAUAAAGACAUUGAAACCAUGCAACAUUGACGUGGUGGGCUUUACCAGCAUUAAAUUUUGGAUUUGUCUGCUGGUGUUAAGUCCGUUAAAGUGGUACCGUUGCACCUUAUGGAUCAGCAUACCACACAUUAUUGGUUUCGCCUUUCAUCUGGCCAAACUUGUGGUGACUACAUGUGCGGUAUUACAUUUUGGGGGAUGCCGAAAGCAAUUCAGCGAUGUCAUAACACACGGUCAGUUGGUUCUAAAGCACAACUUGCUGAAAGGCUGGUCUGCAGAUUACGAAACACUUACUUACCCACCUCCGCUUGACCCUUUUGCAGUGUACAACGUAGAGGAUUUCAUUGACAGAAUAAACUUUGCCGUCGAAGGGUACUACAAUAUUGAAUUCCAAGCUACGGGACACUUCACGAUACUUCCCGUUGACCAAGUACAUAUAAACUUAAACUACAUGCUGACAGACUCCAUAACAGAAAUCAGAUCUUCAACGUUAUUACCAAACUACGGACUGACAAACGUCACAGAGAACGGACAUAUUGUCUACAAAUACGAUGUAUUAAAAGAGCUGGAAUAUUACAACUUAUCGGGCGUGUUUAACAGCAUACUCGAUGUUAAUUUGACGGCAUCUUUGCAUUCAUUUCGCGUUCCAAGAAAAGGUGCUGCUAUGUGUCUACAGAUACAGAUAAAUGUAGAGUACAAUGAUAUUGACUUCGACGGUGAAGUGGACAUUGAACUCCAGACUCUCACAACAACAGUUGCAUGUCAACGCAUGAAUAUCACAGCAGCUGAUGCAGCGAUAUGUGAAGAGAAUGCCAACAAGCACUUUAUUUGGUUAACCAUUGUAACGUGUGUUUUCGAUUCCCUAAGUUGUUUAAUUGCAAUUGGACUCAUCAUCAUCGUCAUCAUCAUCAGGUACAGUAAGGAAAACGUAAACAAAAUAUGCCCAUAUUUUCUGCGAUGGUGGUCUUUGGUGUCGCUGAUUGGAGAUAGUUUUAUUUUCUUUGGGAAGACGUUGCUUGAUAAUGAAAACAACAAAAGGAAUGACCAGAAACUACGGUCAUUUGACAAAAUUGCGUUCUUCUAUGGCAUAGGAUGCCUUCUUUGCUGGAUCGGCUUUAUGCGGCAUUUGAAAAUAAACAGAAAAUUUUCGCUUCUGUUUCAUACCAUUUACCACGCCAGAUCAAACAUACUGGCCUUCAUGGCAUGCACCGGAAUUCUAUUUGCGGGCUAUUGGGCUUGUGCCUUUGUGACCCUCGGAGUUUAUCAUCCAAAGUUUGAAACAAAAAGCCGAGUAGCAGUAUCGCUAUCUGCACUGAUGUUUGCAGACGACUUUUUUGGCACGGUUGCGUCUGUACACUACGAGAAUGCUGGAAGCGAAGACUGGUUGAUAGCUAGUGUCAUUAUCGUCAUAUACAGUUUCGUUUUCCUGUUUACUCUUCUAGCUCUAAACCUCCUAAUAGCUCUGACCAACUCGUCGUAUAAUACAAUUAAUGAGAUUGAAAAAAAAGAGGAAAGCACGACCAUGUCAUUGGAGACCGAUUCAAUGUUUAUUUUUUUGAACGGAGAGGAGAACCAAUACGGUCCUGACGGAUUUGGAAUCUGUGUAUGGCUAUUCUGCAGGCGUUACUAUAGUCGUUUCACGUGUCCUAAAUGUUUGCAAACUUAACGUUCUGUUCAUAGUUUCCCGAUAUGUGUUUUCCAAACAAAUUCUCUUAAACGUUAGCUGUAUAUGUGGUUACAUAUAUUAAAUAAUAAUCCUUGUAUAUCAGAUUGAAUACAAAAUGUUUCUCUCGGUCAGUCAAUAUGUUAUAAGCGCGCCAGACAUAUCUGAUCACUGAAUUAUUUAACUGUCGCUAGGGUAUACCUAGUGAGGGAUCGUGAAAACACUGAACUCUAUGUCAACACGAAUUAACACAGUUGAAAGUUAGUGUGUGUAAUAAUAUAUUACAAAAAAUGACGUGUAUAUGUUUGUAAAUGCUGUUUUAAUUACAAUAUCUACAUCUCA